UGACUUUUGUCAGCUGAAUAUUUAGUUAAUCGCAGCAUCGAAAAAAGUGAUAACUUUGCGGACAUUUCUUGAAAAUUAUUAGAAUAUUCCUGUGCAUAAUUGUAUCUAAGUAAGCAAAAAAAUGGCAGACGUUAAAGAUUUAAUAAAUUUGCCCGAAGAUAAUAUUGAUAUGAUAGCUGCCACUUCAGUGCUGCAACAGCAGGCAGCUGAUAUACGUACCAGGACAAUUAACUGGGCAUCUUACAUGCAGUCUCAGAUGAUAUCACAAGAGGACUUUAAUGCAAUAAGCGCACUGGACACUGCCAAGGCUGCCUAUCUUCAAAAAAAUUCUGCGCAAGCGGUGAAAACUUUAUUGAAUCUGCUCGCCCAUGUUUCAAAAGAUCAGACGAUACAAUAUAUACUUGUGAUGAUCGAUGAUAUGCUGCAAGAAGAACGUUCGCGUGUUCAUUUCUUCCAUGAUUACGCAAAACAAAAUAAAGAGUGUGUUUGGGGACCUUUCCUUAACUUAUUAAAUCGUCAAGACGGUUUCAUUGUAAACAUGUCAUCGCGUAUUCUAGCAAAACUUGCUUGUUGGGGUCAGGAACUCAUGCCUAAAUCGGAUUUGAACUUCUACUUGCAGUUCUUAAAGGAUCAGCUGACCGUAAAUGCCAAGGCAUAUGUUAAAGAGCAAACCACGCUAGCUAAACGGGUUCAAACAAUUGUGGUGCAUCAGCAGGGACAUAGUAAAGACCAGCUAUCGUCCAAAAACAGCAAUCAAUACAGCCCAAACAUAGCGCAGAAACAGCAAUCACAGCAGCGAAUGGGAGACGAGAGGUGUCGUGAGAUGACAGUAGAGCAGCAAAACGCGUUUGCCAAUGGCAGGGUCCCUAUUCCGGCAAAUGAGUAUAUUCAAUCCGUAGCUCGCUGCCUUCAAAUGAUGCUUCGUAUUGAUGAAUAUCGCUUCGCUUUUGUGUCCGUGGACGGUAUUAGCACAUUGAUCAGUAUUCUAUCUUCCCGCGUUAACUUCCAGGUGCAGUACCAAUUGGUGUUCUGUUUAUGGGUGCUUACUUUUAAUCCACUUCUGGCCACAAAAAUGAACAAAUUCAGUGUUAUCCCCAUUCUGGCCGAUAUUCUUAACGAUUGUGCCAAGGAAAAGGUGACCCGCAUAAUCUUAGCCGUUUUUCGUAAUCUUAUCGAGAAGCCUGCUGAUCCACAAGUGGCUAAGGAGCAUUGUAUUGCAAUGGUUCAAUGCAAGAUUCUAAAACAGUUGUCCAUUUUGGAACAACGUCGCUUUGAUGAUGAGGAUAUUUCUGCUGACGUUGAAUUCCUAACCGAAAAACUACAGAGUUCUGUACAGGAUUUAAGCUCUUUUGACGAAUACGCCACUGAGUUGCGAAGUGCCCGACUUGAGUGGUCGCCAGUGCACAAGUCGGCUAAAUUUUGGCGUGAAAAUGCUCACCGUUUGAAUGAGAAAAAUUACGAACUAUUACGUAUUCUUGUACAUUUGUUAGAAACAUCAAAGGAUCACAUUAUACUCUCGGUAGCUUGCUUCGAUAUCGGAGAGUAUGUCCGUCACUAUCCGAGAGGCAAACACGUUUUAGAGCAGUUGGGUGGAAAACAAAUUGUUAUGCAACUUCUGGCUCACGACGAUCCAAAUGUGCGCUAUGAGGCUCUAUUGGCAGUCCAGAAAUUAAUGGUGCAUAAUUG